GUCCACUUGAUCCUUCCUUAGUGAAGGACUUGACUGCAAUGAUUGACAAAGACAAUGAAUUGGCAAAGAUGUUUCGAAGAGUUAGAGACUUUGUCGAGAGUGAUGGUUCUUCAAAUUUCUAUCUCAAAUUGUAUCGUAACAGAACUGAGGUGGCAGCUUUUAUUGUAGGUGGUCUAGACUCUGUGAAUGAAGGUAGAGAUAUUAUUGUCAAGGGUACCGAUGGAGGUUUUCAACGACUUCCUGAAAAACACCCUUCUUACAUUCCUCUUCAAUAUCCUUUAUUAUUUCCAUAUGGAGAAGAUGGUUUUAAGGAAAAUAUACCACUACGAGAAGAUCACAUGCAAGACGAUUCCCGAAAGAGAUACAAAGUUGCAAUCAGGGAAUUUAUUUCUUACCGGAUCCAACAAAGGGACAUAGAGCAUGGGCAUUUAGUGAGCACAGGUCGAUUAUUUCAGCAAUUUAUUGUAGACUGCUACACUAUGAUUGAAUCAGAUAGAAUGUCUUUUUACAGAAAUAAUCAACAGAAGUUCCGUUCAAAUAUUUUUAAAGGCUUACAAGAAGUUGUAACUAGAGGAGAUGUCCAACCCUCCUCUGCUGGAAAACGUAUCAUUUUACCUCCUUCCUUCACGGGUGGGAUGCGAUACAUGUUCAACAAUUGUCAAGAUGCCAUGGCUAUUUGCAAAAGAUUUGGGUAUCCAGAUUUAUUUAUAACCAUGACCUGCAAUGCAAACUGGAAAGAAAUUCAGGAUUUUGUAACUCCAAGAGGUCUCAGGGCAGAUGACCGACCUGACAUUGUGGCUAGAGUUUUCAAAAUGAAGUUGAAUGAUUUGAUGUCCAAUUUGAAGAAAGGAAAAAUAUUUGGAGAAGUACAAGCAGGUACGUACACAAUUGAGUUCCAAAAAAGAGGGCUUCCACAUGCCCACAUCUUAAUAUGGUUGCAAGGUGAAGGGAAGCUUAAAACAGGGGAUGACAUUGAUAAGGUAAUAUCAGCUGAGUUACCGGAUCCUGUGAUAUAUCCUGCUUUGUCAACAGCAGUUUCAAAUUAUAUGAUGCAUGGUCCAUGUGGAUUUGCUAAUAUGAAUUCUGCCUGUAUGAAAAAUGGAAAGUGUGAGAAAUUUUUCCCAAAACAAUUUCAGAACUCAACUACAAUUGAUGAGGAAGGCUAUCCUAAAUACAGGAGAAGAGAUAUUGGAGUUAGUGUUACAAAGAAAGACAUUGUGAUGGAUAAUAGGUAUGUUGUACCUUAUAAUCCAGAUCUCUUCAUGAGGUAUCAGGCCCAUAUCAACGUGGAGUACUGUAACAAGUCAAACUCCAUAAAAUAUUUGUUUAAAUAUGUAAGCAAAGGUCCAGAUAGAGUUUCUGUUGAAAUUUCAAAUAGAGAUAAAGAUUCAAAUAAAGAAAAAGGUGUUGCUGAGAUAAAGCAGUAUUACGACUGCAGGUAUUUGUCUCCCUGUGAAGCAGCGUGGAGAAUAUUUGGAUUUUAUAUUCAUGACAAGUGGCCUCCUGUUAAUAGAUUAUCAUUUCACCUUCCCAAUGAGCAGUCUGUUACUUUCAAGGAUCAUGAAUGGAUUGACACUGUAGUUGAAAGGAACCAGGAUAUGGACACUGAGUUUACAGCGUGGUUCAAAGCAAAUCAGGAAUCCGAACUUGGGAAGGACCUAACAUAUGCAGAGUUUCCCCAAAGGUUUGUUUAUGAUGAAGACAAAAAAAUAUGGACUGUCCGAAAGAAAGGAUUUUCAAUUGGGAGGUUGAAUUAUAUUCCCAUGGGUACCGGAGAACUAUUCUAUAUGCGGGUCCUUCUUACAAUUCAAAAGGGAUGUACAAGUUUUGACAGCAUAAAAACUGUUAAUGGGAUACUAUACCAGACCUACAAGGAAGCGUGCUACAUCUUGGGAUUGUUGAAAGAUGAUAGAGAAUACAUAGAUGGAAUAAAGGAGGCAAGUGAUCUUGGGUCUGGACACCAAUUAAGACGAUUAUUUGUCAUGUUAUUGUUAGUGAAAACCAUCAGCAAACCAGAUGUAGUGUGGGAAGCUACAUGGAAAUUGCUAGCAGACGGCAUUUUAUAUCAAAGAAGGAGACUUCUUCAAAUACCAGAUGAGAUGUCUGCCAAGUGCACAAAUUUGCUAAAUUUAAUGACAGAUGAACAAAAGCAGGUCUAUAAUCAGAUAUUGGAAUCUGUUUUGUCUGACUGUGGUGGUUUUUUCUUUUCAUAUGGAUACGGAGGAACAGGGAAAACAUUUAUUUGGAACGCAUUGUCAGCAUCUCUACGGUCCCGAGGAUUGAUUGUUCUGAAUGUAGCUUCCAGUGGUAUUGCUUCGCAGAUUCUGCCUGUUAUCCCGAAAGGGUCAAGACAAAAUAUUGUUAAAUCUACCAUCAAUUCAUCUCAAUUAUGGAAGCACUGUAAGGUGUUGAAAUUAACUGCAAAUAUGAGAUUAAGAACUAGUGGAGAAGCUAAUGUAGACAUACCUACUGAUCUGUUAGUUGAGCCAGGUGAUAAUCCUAUUCAUGAUUUGGUUAAUUUUGCAUAUCCAAAUCUCUUGACUAACAUGAAGGAUUACAAGUUUUUUGAAGAAAGAUGCAUAUUAUGUCCGACUCUUGAAUCAGUUCAGAUGAUGAAUGAUUUUAUCCUGAACUUAAUUCCUAGUGAACCAAAAGAGUACUUCAAUUCAGAUACAGCUUGCAGGUCUGAUGCGGAUUCAGAGAUACACUCUGAGUGGUUUACUUCUGAGUUUUUAAAUGAUAUAAAGUGCUCUGGAAUUCCAAAUCACAAGUUGAGUUUGAAGAAUGGGGCUCCAAUAAUGUUAUUGAGAAAUAUAGACCAGUCGGCUGGGUUAUGCAAUGGAACUCGCCUCAUAAUUAAUGAUCUUUUGCCGAAUGUUAUUGGUGCCACUGUGUUAACAGGAACUAAUAUUGGUGAAAAAAUAUUCAUUGGAAGAAUGAGUAUGGUGCCUAAUGACUCGGGCUACCCAUUUAAAUUUGAAAGACGACAAUUCCCAAUUUGUACCUGUUUUGCUAUGACGAUCAACAAAAGCCAGGGACAAUCUUUAUCACAUGUUGGACUCUUCCUUCCUCGACCUGUUUUUACGCAUGGGCAAUUAUAUGUGGAUCUCUCACGGGUGUAAUCAA